AUGUUCAAAGUGAUGUCGAGGACUGUGAAUCGAUCGAGGAUAGAUAGAAAUUCUCAAUAUGAAUGUGUGGUACGAAUGCCCUUUGCCAUAGAGCAUAUGGUGCGUGAAAAAAUUAUAAUUAAACACCAAGUGCCAACAGAAAAAGUUUUCACUGUAUCUCCUUUGAAAUCUUCAAAGCUACCAAUGAAACGAAAUGUGGAAAAUACAUUAUUUUCCCCAUGCUCUAUGCCAGUGGAGAAAGAAGAAUAUAACAAAAGAUUUGAUCCUAAAUCGCCCGCCGAAAAUGCCAUUUAA